AUGGCAGAGAGACAUACUUACAAUGCACAGCGCAUCCGGAAACCCAUCUACGACGCGCCCCUGGAAGCCGACGUCCGCAGCAUCGCCAGCACCACUCCGCCCCCAGCCUCCGGCAUCACCUCCAAACCGCAAGAGCAGCAACAACACGACACCCCACGGCGACCGUCUCCCACCGACCGCCUUGCCGAGCAGGUGAAGGCUUCGCGCCUCUUCGUCCACGGCUACGCUGUGAAGGCCGAAGACGCUGUUAACAAUGGCAUGGCCCGCUUCAUGGAGACGGAGAAGUCCUUCACAUCCACCGUCGCCUCCCUCGCUCCACCAAAGGAGUCGAACGAGAAGCUGCUACCAGGUGGCAUAUACGUCUUGGUUGCUGCCAUGGCCGGCUCCAUCAUCAGCCGCAACAGGAACAUCCUGGUGCGCUUUGCAACACCAAUUCUGACGGGUGUCGUCACCGCGAACUAUGUUAUCCCACGAACUACAGAGAAUGUGGGCAACUUGAUCUGGAGCUACGAGGAGAAGUUCCCAGCUGUGCGCGACAACCACUUGAGAAUAAGCCAGGGGGUCAGACACUUUAUUGAAACGGGCAAGGCGCACAGCCAGAUGGGUCUUGCGAUGGCAGAGGACAAGGUGCAAGAGGCGAGGGAAGCUGUGCAGGACUGGGUGAAGAAGGGACGGUGA